UAUUUGCUCACAGACAGACGCGUGAAGUGUUUCAGCCCGCGCGGAAUUGUGCGCGUCUGCCAACCGAAUCGAUACGCCAGCAAUUAGUCUAAUUAGUUCCCAUUAACCAGUCAGUCAGUCAGUCAGUCAGUCGUUCAUCCGCUGCUGCCGCUUUCUCCCCGGACAACCGCAGCUGGGAUGUGCGAGUAGAAAGCCCGCCAGGCUCAACCCAACACAGCACCCAGAGGUGUCCCCAGACAUGGACAGGAUAGGGGUGUCAUUCCUGGACCCUUUGGACGACUACGAGCUCGUUCACCGGGUUGGGUGCGGCACCUACGGAGAUGUGUUCAAGGCUCGUAACAUCAGGACGUCUCAGCUGGCAGCUAUCAAGAUUGUCAAGCUGGACCCUGGUGAUGACAUCACGUCCAUCCAGCAGGAGAUCACCAUGAUGAAGGAGUGCAAGCACAAAAACAUCGUGGCCUACUUUGGCAGCUACCACAGGAACACCAAGCUGUGGAUCUGCAUGGAGUACUGCGGUGGAGGGUCACUUCAGGAUAUUUACCACGUGACGGGCCCAUUAAAGGAGAAGCAGAUAGCCUACGUGUGCAGAGAAACCCUCCAGGGUUUGUAUCACCUGCACGAAACUGGCAAAAUGCACAGAGACAUAAAGGGAGCCAACAUCCUUCUGACAGAGAGAGGAGAUGUGAAACUGGCUGACUUUGGAGUGGCAGCAGAGAUCAGUGCCUCGGUAGCCAAAAGGAAGUCUUUUAUAGGAACUCCUUACUGGAUGGCUCCAGAGGUGGCUGCAGUGGAGAAGAAGGGUGGCUACAACCACCUGUGUGACAUCUGGGCUGUCGGCAUCACCGCCAUCGAGCUGGCCGAGCUCCAGCCACCCAUGUUUGACCUCCACCCAAUGAGAGCGUUGAUGUUGAUGUCCAAGAGCAACUUCCAGCCUCCAAGACUAAAGGAUAAAACCAAAUGGUCAACAGGUUUCCAAAGCUUUGUGAAGAUGUCUCUCAUUAAAAGCCCUCGUAAACGGCCCUCAGCGGAGACGCUGCUGCAGCAUCCAUUCGUGACACAGCUCCUGACCCGUAACCUGGUCAUUGAGCUGCUGGACAUGGCCAACAAUCCUGAACUCCACACCAGCCACACCCACAGCAUGGACAACGAGCUGGAGGUUGGGGAAGUGGCUCCGGACAAGAUUCAGUCAGCAGGGAAACACCUGGCUGUAGAGAGGACCCUGUCUGAAGAACAAUUCGACCAGCUGAAGUUUGGGCCUCCACUGAGGAAAGUCACAGAGCCUUAUCCUGCUUUGCAGGGCUCCUAUGACGAUGACUGGAGUCUCUCUGGAGACGAAGACAACUCACCGAGCCUGUUGGAAUGUGUGGAGCAAGCUCUGCAGCUGAGGAGUUUAACCAUUAAGAGGGCGCCAUCUACUGACGGAGGUAGGAAGAGUGGUCUAUUCAGUCCAUCAACAGCAUCGUUGCCGGCCUUCAGCUCCUUAACUCCAGAAACAGAGGACGGCGACCCGACGCUGAGACCCAGCUGCACACUGGGCCCCGACGCUGCUGUCACUGAUGACCCCACCUCCACUACAGGGUUGGCCAGGUGCUCAGCCACACAGGACAUCAGACAGCGCUGCAGUGGUCCGUCUCUGCCAGGGGGGGACGCUGCAGCAGCAGAGAAGAGGAAGGUCGCCGCCGUUGGCUCUCCGAGAAGAGAGACGCCACUUUCACCCGAAUGGAGCACACUGCGGAAAAAGACGGAGGAUGCUAGGGCUGAUUGUCAUGGACUUCCUCCUACCCCUCAAGUCCAUAUGGGAGCCUGCUUCUCCAAGGUCUUCAACGGCUGUCCUCUUCAAAUCUACUGUGCCGUCACAUGGGUUUUACCCAAGACGAGAGAUCAGUACCUUAUUCUUGGGGCAGAGGAGGGCAUCUACACACUGAACCUCAAUGAACUUCAUGAAGACACACUAGAGAAGCUGCUCCCUCAGAGGUGCACAUGGCUGUAUGUUAUGAACAACGUGCUGAUGUCCGUAUCAGGGAAGUCCUCCCAGCUCUACUCCCACAGUCUGGCCGCUCUGUUUGAACAGAGGGGACACCUGCAGAAGAAACAGGGCAGUCUGUCGCUCAGCACCAGCCGCUUCACCGAGAGGAUCAGCUCCAGCCACAGAAAGUUUGCCACGUCUGUGAAGAUCCCCGACACUAAAGGCUGCAGAAGAUGUAGUGUAGCAAGAAACCCAUACACAGACAGCACUUUUCUAUGUGGGGCGGUUCCAUCUGGCCUGGUUCUUCUUCUGUGGUAUGAGCCUCUGCAGAAGUUCAUGCAUUUAAAGCAUAUCGCCAUGAGGCUGCCGGACUCUCUGCCUAUAUUUGAGCUGCUGGUGUUGGUGUCCGACGAGUUCCCUCAGCUGUGCGUCGGGGUGAGAGACUGUAGCAACGGGACACUGCCAAUCGGCCAAGAGCUCAAGUUUGAUAUCAUAGAGCUCAACAGCGCGCCUAUUUCAGCACCAGACAGCGGAGCACUUAAGGCAGUGCAGGUGACCCAAAUGGACAGAGACACUGUCCUCAUCGCAUUAGAAAAAACUGUGAAGAUAGUGAACCUGCGGGGGCUUCCAUCCAAAGAGCUUCCCGCUGAGCUGGUCUUCGACUUCCCCAUCGAAACUCUAGUCUGCUUACAGGAUAGCGUGCUGGCCUUCUGGAAGCACGGCCUCAAGGGGAUGAGUUUCCAUUCAAAUGAGGUGACACAAGAAAUUACAGAUGAGAGUCGAGCAUUCCGAGUCUUGGGAACAAACCGGGACAUUAUCCUUCAGAGCACCCCCACAGACGAGCCCUCUGCACUCAGCAACCUGUACAUCCUGACCGGACAUGAAAGCAGCUACUGAGAGAAAAAAACGGGGUCUUCAAACUCCACUUCACACUGAAGAGAAUGCAGAUCUAUUCUAUAACCCAGUGAUGGGGAAAAAACCAAGCAGCAGCAGACACCAGCACGGACUCUAAUGUCAGUAUGGAAUCCAGUUGCCCGCCCAAACUCAACCUGUAAGCUGUUUGGCAACACGUGUACAAGAGAGACAUGUCAACAUGCUAAGUUUCAAAUUCUUACGUCUGCAAAAGCCAAGAUUUUCAUGUCAAAACAUAUUUACUCUUACCAGCUUAGAUCCCAGCGAGAGCGCUGGAGGGGAACACCGUUCCAUUCCUGAUAAGUGAGAUCUACGGCUGCCAGACUGUAGAAAAACGUUGACAUAAUAUCUGUGUCAGCACUCACAUGUUUCUGAAUUGUUGUUUUGAAGCUUUUAUUUGUGCACCGCUUGCUGCCGUCAGUCACUGGAACCAGGAUAUUUAGUCAAAUGGGAGGAACAGAGUGUGAUAGGCUGUGACUGUCUGUCAAUCAAUCAAUCACAUUAAUCAAUCUAACAUCCCCUUAAAGUGAUAAUGUUUCUCAUUAAUGCUACAAGAUGUAAAGGAAGUGAAAGAUUUUUGUUUCUAUUGGUUGAACUGCAGCUUCACCACUCAGCCAUAGGGGGUUGCCUUUUUCUGGGUAUAUAUGCACACUGGUCUCUCCACACAGUAAUGCUGCAUUCACAUCAUGUCUGAGAUACCGUAAUCAACGCUUCACUUCAACUCAACUGACUUUGAAAGUCAGAUUUUUCUGAAAGGGCUGAAUAUAUCUCAGUGACGUCAAUGCUCCCAAGUUGUAAACGUGGAAAUCUUACACACUCCUCCCAUCCAUUCCUGAGAAUAAACCUUGAACGCAGCAUAUGUCACCCAGCGACGGAAAAUAAUUAGGGGCCCAUGUGAAAAAGUUAAUUUGAGUUCUUCUGAGAUUAAAGUGUGAAUUCUGAGGCUGUUACCCUCUAUAUAGUGGACUAUAAAGUGAGUUUGCCAUUUUGUACUGCUAUCCCAGUGUUUAAUGAGAAUUAUUUUACCUUAUACAGUGGACUAAAUGGAUCCCAUAAUGCAUCAUUAAAAGUUGUGGUCACUAACCAGGCAUUAUACCGUCAUGCAUUGCGGGGAAAGAAAAACAUCACAACACAUCAUCCACAAAUGAAUUACAUUACAUUUACAUUACAGUCAUUUAGCAGACGCUUUUAUCCAAAGCGACUUACAAUAAGUGUAUUCAACAUAGGUAUUCAAGAGAACUACUAGUCACCAGAAGUCAUAAGUGCAUCUCCUUUCUUAAACAAGCAUCUAAGAGCAUAAACCAGAGCAAAAAUAUAGUGCAGAAGCAAAUUACUACGAAAACAAUAAGUGCAACAGACUAAUACGAAUACAAUAAGUGCAACGAACUGAUACGAACUGACACAUGCGGAAUUAGUAUUUAUUAAAUACGCUUAUUGCCCCCAUAUUCAUUGACAACUGAAGCGCACCCCACUUUACUCCUUCCGUUCUUACCUUUCACAAUAAAACCCCUAUAUAUAUAUAUAUAUAUAUAUAUAUGCUGCAUCACUGCUUUCCAGGGGGGACUUAAAUUCACUCAACAAAAAAAGCUUUUUUUAUGUCUGUAUUUAUUAUGGAUGGUCCACCAGCCGACGUUGAUUAGACACGGUUCAAUUGUGACCGCAGUGACAUAACAGCGCAGGGAUAGUGACCCAAGCAAUAACUCAGGAGUGGCUGUAUGAGCUGACUAGAUUUUGGAGGUCAAAGGUCAAGGUAACUUUGACCUCUCGUCCGUACCAAUCUUGUGAUAUCUCUAUUAGGGGAAUUUCUUCAAACUUGACACAAACAUCCACUUGGACUGGGAUGAACUGAAUAGAAUUGGAGGUCAAAAGUCACUGUGAUCUCAACAAAACCCAUUUUUGGCCAUAACUUGAGAAUUGGUAGGCUAAUUAUGACAAUUUCACACAAAUGUCUCAUAUGAUAAAAUAAUGACGUUAAGACAUUUUGGACAGACAUGGAUGUGAACUGCAUUUUCACUGUUUGGCGGAGGCAUACAACCGAGAGGCGCUAAUUCUAGUUUCAUUGUAGUGAAACAGUGAAUGAUUUUGUACACAGCCUAAGCUUGAUAUCAGAAAAAAAAACUUUAAAUUCUGAGAGGAAAUAAUUCUGACAGUAAACUCUUUCAACUCAGAUAUUUUUUACACGUGUCCUGAUCCUCUUCCGUACCAUGCCAAAGGAGCACAAAGUGAUUUUAGUUGAGGAUUCUCCAUCACUCAAACCACAGAUAUGAGAUUUUUUUUGGAGUAACUCCAUCGUUUGGUUUGUUUAUUAAAGGAAUAUGUGUUCAGGUUCAUUAUGAAUAGUCAGUACAGUAGUUGAUACCUAUUCAUCUUAAAUGAUUAGUUUAAAAAGUUGACUUCAUAUUGGUCCCCAUGAAACAACAUAUCAGUGAUAUUUAGAUAAUCAGCUUGAAUACUACAGAGUGUGUGUAACUCCUCAAACGUAUACUUACCCAAGACCACAUUAUUCUGAAAAUUACAUUUAAAUGUAAUUAUAUGAGGAUUUCUUCUGCCACCAUGCUGAGAGCGCCUCAGUGGUGAAAAGUCCUGUACUGUUUGUGAACAUGAAGGGUCUUUUCAUUGCUGUCAUUUACUCAUCUGUGCCAAACACUGUUCCAACCAUGUCCCUUCUCCAUUUGCUUUGUUAUUAAUUCAACUUAAACAUAGGCUGAAUGUACAUUUUAUUACACGAGGUGCCAUAGAAACUGAAUGCAAUUAAAGUGUACAUCUACUAGUUUGACUAAAAUGUAAAUUCCACUACAUUAGAGUUUUGUGUGUAAUUAUAUUUGUUAUUUAUGGAGGGGAACUGUACAAGUAACACUCACCUUUCCCUCAGAGAUACUUGAAAGACAUAAUAUGCAUAUGGCUAUGUUUUUUUUGGUUUUUUUGAAGUUUUUAUUGUUAUUGUGUAUACAUUUUUAGUAUAUAACAAUAUAGAAUGCCAUUACGGUAUGGAAGGGUUGUAAUAUGCGCAAUAAAAAUAUGAAUAUCCUUUUAAGGUGAAGAAGAUUUUUCAAUGUUGUUACAAAUAUUUACUUGUGAGCCUCAACGGAGGUUUAGUCAGAUGUCAGAUGACAGUCAUGC